AUGUUCAAAAAAUUAAAACUGAAUCCAGAGAAAAGUGGUAGUGGGAGAUUAUUCCACGAACAGUGGACAGUGCAUUUUGGUGUACUUCAAAACAAUAAUAAAGUACUAUGUUGCUUGUGUAACGAAACAGUUGUAAGCCGUAGUUUUAAUGUUAAAAGACAUUUCGAGACAGUUAAUAAUAAUAUAUUUUCUCUAUCGGCUGAAGAAAAAUUAGAAUUGAUUUCUCAAAAAGUAAAAUUUUUUAGAAGUCAAUCAAACAAAUUUAAAGUGGCGUUCAAACAAAAUAAUAAUUUAUCAGCCGCUAGUUUUUCUGUGUCGCAUUGCAUUGCGCAGCAUGGUAAGCCACUUUCUGACGGAGAAUACUUAAAAGAAGUUUUUGUUAAGGCGUCUAACAUUUUGUUUCAUGAUUUUACUAAUAAAAAUGAAAUAAUAAAACGUAUUAACGAUUUGCCUGUUAGUAGAAAUACUGUAAAAGAUCGUAUUAUUUGUAUGAGUAAUGAUAUAACAGAUUUGGCUUUAGAAAACUAUUUUUCAAUCUGUCUUGACGAAAGUACAGAUGUAACUUCACAGGCGCGACUAGCAGUCUUUGUUAGGUUCAGUAGUGUUAAUAUUAUGAGGGAAGAAUUAGUAAAAUUAAUGACGAUUUCUACUAAAACAACUGGUCAAGAUAUUAUGAAUGUAGUACUUAAAGAAUUCGCCAAUUUAAAAAUAAAUAUAAAUAAUAUUGUUUCAAUAACUACGGAUGGUGCCCCUAAUAUGGUUGGCAAACACAAUGGAUUUGUUCAACUUUUUUCGAAAGAAAUUUCUCAUUCGUUAAUCAGAUUUAAUUGUUUAAUACAUCAAGAAGCGUUGUGUGCUAAAGACAGCUUGCAAUCGCUUCAAAAUGUAAUGGAAGUAGUUACAAAAGUUGUCAAUUUCAUUACAUCUCGUGCUUUAAAUAAUCGACAAUUUACUAAAUUAUUAGAUGAAGUUGAAUCACGAUACCCUGGCCUUUUAAUGUAUAACAGUGUUCGUUGGUUGAGUCGUGGUCAAGUUCUUCAUCGAUUUGUUGAAUUAUUAGAAGAAAUACGAUUAUUUUUAUUCGAAAAAUCUCAAGAUUAUCCAGAACUUAAAGAUUUAAAUUGGUUGAACGAUUUAAUGUUUUUCACUGAUUUUACUACAAUGUAUAAUGAAUUAAAUAAAAAACUUCAAGGGCACUUUCACAUAGUCUUAACAAUGUUUGAAAAUAUCAAAGGUUUUGAAAAAAAAAUUGAAAUUUAUUGUAAAGAUCUUAAAAAUGAAAAAUUUAAAUAUUUUCCACAUUUGAAAAAUCAUCUGAACAAUUCAUUACACUUUGCAGAUAGUCAGACUGACAUCAAAUGUAUAAUUAAAAAAUAUGUUAAUAUAUUAGAAAAUACAACUGAAUUAUUUUCUAAUAGAUUUUCACAGUUUCGAUGUCUAGAACCAACCUUUCAAUUUUUAAUAAAUCCAUAUACAAUUACAUAUGAUGAACUUGAUCUAUCUUUUUUUGAAUGGCUAAAUAUCGAAAACUUGGAAAUGGAUUUAAUAGAAUUUCAGGGAAAUGUAAUUUGGAGAAAUAAAUUUAUUAAUUUAAACAGCGAACUGGAAAAAUAUUAUUUUACAUCCAUGAAAAAAUUAGCACUUUCAUUAUUGACUAUGUUUGGUUCUACAUAUACAUGUGAGCAGCUAUUUUCCUCCAUGAAUUUUAUCAAAUCCACAUUGAGAAAUCGUCUUGGAACAAAUAUCAGUGCAGCAUGUAUUCAAUUAAAAUCUACAAAUUAUAAUCCCAGGAUUGAUUCGUUAGCUGGAAAUAUGCAGCAACAAAUUUCUCAUUAA